CGCUGUAACUUUUUGUCUUCCGGUACAAUUCUCUCUCCGCCGUGUUUCUGCGUAAAGUUUACACCGUACAAAUACGCCUCCGCUUCUCUCUCUCACCCAAUCCAUAACUCUUCUUGGGUUUCCAGACCACCGCCUUCCCCAGAUGGCUGAUGCUGCAAAGUAUGCUCCCAUCAAUGGCGGAAAUUUACUUUCAGAACUGAAACCCCAUUUCUCUUUUAUCAAAACCCAGAGAACCAAGGUUUGUGUCUACGCCUGUGUCUUUGUUUUCAUUGCUUUCACCAUUUUCUUGGCCUUUAGUCCUUCGCCAGCCCCCUCUUCUCCUUGGUUCACAAAUGUAUUUUCUUUAACUAGCGGCGGCGGCGACGGUGAUGGUGGUGGUGGGAGUGUAUCCGAUGACUCUUCUGGAUCUCAUUUCUCUUCGAUUUUUUCCUACUUUUUCCCCAAUUCUUCCCAGCAAGCCCACAGCUUUACUGCUUCCCCGGCAUCUCGGAGUAACAGUUCCUCCGAAAUGCCCAGUUUGAGUAAAGACCCGGAAGUCCCGAAAAAUCAGUCUCAGGCUAAUCAUAAAGCUGAAAUCUUGAAGCCGUCGAAUCGGAACACAACAGCUGCAUCGGAGUCUUCUUCUGGGUUGCAUAAUCAGACUCAGGGUAAAGUUUCCGAUGAUAAAGUUGGAGUCUUGAACUCAGAUUCGAACCCAUUUGAGGGCCAAAAGUCUCCGGCGAAUCAGACUGUGGGUUCACUGCCAAAAUCUGGUUCCGGGGAGAAGAAUGUGACUGGUAAGGGAGAGAACACAAUUCCACACAAAGGUGUGCUGCGGAACUUCACUUCUUCUUUUGAGAAGAAGCACAAUAACAGGUCAAGUUCCGGCCAGCCGGCGAGAAAUGGAAGUGAAGAUUUGAUUAAAUCUUUGUUGGACUGUGAUUUCUUUGAUGGCAAUUGGGUGAAAGAUGAGUCUUACCCUCUUUACAAGCCUGGAUCUUGCUCUCUCAUUGAUGAACAAUUCAACUGCUUUCUCAAUGGCAGGCCUGAUAAUGAUUACUUUAAGUACAAAUGGAAACCCAAUGCUUGUACCCUCCCAAGAUUGAAUGCCACUCAUAUGCUGGAAAUGUUGAGGGGGAAGAGAUUAGUAUUUGUUGGUGAUUCUCUGAAUAGGAAUAUGUGGGAAUCUCUUGUCUGCAUUCUCAGAAGCUCUGUAAAAGAUGAGAAGAAAGUUUAUGAAAAAUCCGGUAGACAAAAUUUCCGGGGAGAAGCUUCCUACUCAUUUGUAUUUGAAGAAUAUAACUGUACAGUGGAGUUCUUUGUGGCUCCGUUCUUGGUUCAAGAAUGGGAGAUAGCAGAUAAGAAGGGACAGAAGAAGAAGGAAACGCUUCGACUUGAUUUGGUGGCACAUUCUGCAGAUAAAUAUAAGAAUGCAGACAUUUUGGUUUUCAACACAGGCCACUGGUGGACUCACGAGAAGACUUCCAAAGGGGAGGAUUAUUAUCAAGAAGGCAGUCACGUGUACCAUGAACUGAACGUUGUUGAGGCUUUUCGCAAAGCUUUGACUACAUGGGGGAGAUGGGUUGAUACCCAUAUAAAUCCCGCAAAAACAUUUGUUCUCUUUAGAGGCUAUUCCGCUUCUCAUUUCAGCGGUGGUCAGUGGAACUCUGGCGGGGCGUGUGACCACGAGGUCGAGCCAAUUAAGAACGAGACUUACUUAACCCCGUACCCACCCAAGAUGGAAGUCUUGGAAAGAGUACUCAACGGGAUGAAGACUCAAGUGUCUUACCUUAAUGUCACGAGAAUGACUGAUUUCCGAAAGGACGCCCACCCAUCAAUGUACCGGAAACAAUAUUUGUCCGAGGAGGAGCGGAGAUCGCCAUUGCGGUACCAAGAUUGCAGCCAUUGGUGCCUGCCGGGCGUGCCAGACUACUGGAAUGAGCUCUUGUAUGCAGAACUUCUUGUAAAGCAAUACCAGAAAAGCAGCAAGAAAGCAGGUCAUAGGUAAAAUGACACAAAUCCAGGCUUUUAUAUAUACACACCUAAAGUUUAUAGAAAAAUGUGUAUUAAAUUACAUUUUUUCAUAUCAUAAGUUAUUUGUAAGAGUAAAAAAAAAAAAGAAAAUCCUGGGAUUGUCCGGUUUAAGGUUUAGAUCUUAAAUCCGGGAUUGAACGGGGACAUGAUCGAUUAUCGAUAUGAUACAUAUAUAUGUCACAUCAUAUAUUUGUGAUGUGAAUGUUGUAAAUCCAUCCUUAGUGUAAUACUUGUGAAGAGCAAAAACAAUUUGUUACAUACAAUUAUUGUGUUAAGAAUAUAAUGUUUGGUGAAGCAA